AUGAAUUCCAUAUCGCUCACCGAAUACCCGCCAGAGCUAUCUCAACAGGAGGAGCAGUAUCUGCUAUCCAAUCUCAAGGACUGGUCGAUUGCUCAUGGCUUAGCGGUUCGCCCGGCUCCGUCAUUCGUCCAGCCAUCACAGGAUCCGUCUGGUGUACUCGCAAGCACAGCACCAGUCACUUUGUUUCCAAGCUUAUUCCCACGCUCCUGCUUCGAGGAGGGACUCGCCAUACAAAAGGCUUACAACGAGUUGUACUCAGCCAUUGCCAGGGACGAGACAUGGUUGAAGAGCAUCGUGGAGGAGCUUGUCCAUGUUGACGACUUUGUUGCAAAGUUAUGGCAAACCCAUCUAGAGGUUAAGAAAGAAGGCUACGUGCAGGACCUUUCGUUGGGGCUCUUCCGCUCAGACUACAUGGUACAUCAAGACCCUUCGCAGUCAAAUCCAAAGUCCGGUUUGAAACAGGUCGAGUUCAAUACCAUUGCUUCGUCUUUUGGCGGACUAUCGGCUCAAGUUUCUGCGUUACACAAGUACCUGCUCACAAUCGACGCUUACCCAAAUUCAACAUCGUCUAUUAUCAAGCAAGAGGCUUUGCGACAGAGCCAGUCAGCUUCUUCCUUGGCAAAGGGCCUCGCUACAGCACACAAGGCGUACGGGACUUCGCGCACCAAGCGUCCCCUAUGCGUGCUGUUCGUGGUACAGGACCCAGAGAGAAAUGUGUUUGAUCAGAGACAUCUCGAAUACGCCCUGCUUGAAGAUAAUGGAGUGCGCUCCUUCCGACUACCUUUCGGAGAGACACUGUCUCACACUCAGCUUGACACAGACCGUACACUGGUCUACACACCACCGAACUCUCCCUCGACGUCGUACGAGGUGACAACAAUAUACUUUCGAGCAGGGUACUCACCAGAUGAUUACUCAAAGGACGAAGACUGGAACGCCCGCACUCAUCUCGAGAAGAGCCGUGCCAUCAAGUGCCCAAGCGUCUUGACCCAACUUGCGGGGUGCAAGAAGGUUCAACAAGUGCUUGCUACGCCGCAUUCACCGCACCUCAAGCGCUUCCUACCCGACGAAAAGGUCGCCGCGCGCGUACUGGAGACCUUUGCGCCAAUCUACCCGCUCGACAACAGCGAGGCUGGCGAGGAAGCGAAGAAGCUUGCGACAGACGCCUCUUCGGCCACAAAGUAUGUGCUGAAACCUCAACGAGAAGGAGGAGGAAACAACAUUUACCGGAAAGCCAUCCCACCAUUUCUGCAGAAGCUGCCCGAGACUCAUUGGCCGGCAUACAUCCUAAUGGAGAUGAUUGAGCCACCUCCACUGACAAACGCCAUUCUCCGGAACGGUGAGUUGCAGAGGGGUGGCGUGAUUUGCGAGCUUGGAGUGUACGGCGUGUGCCUCUGGAGAGACGGGAAUGGAGAUGGAAACAAGGGCGAGAUCUUGGAGAACUGGGAGGCUGGAUAUCUACUCCGCACCAAAGGUGACCAGAGCGAGGAGGGCGGUGUGGCAGCGGGAUUCGGAGCAGUUGACAGCUGUUGUCUGGUGGACGGAUGA